CAAAUCAGAGCUCAUUGUUACCCUCUGAAACCAGAUGAAGCACGAAGCGAUUCGAUUUUCAUACGACUGUUCCUGAUCCUUCAGCUAGUUCAUGGCACCCUGCACAGACAUCCCCGUAGAUCGGGAUCCACCAGCUACCGUGACAUCUUUGCCUGUCAAUGCUGGAGCAUCUGGAUUACCGACACCACAUAUACUGCUAACCACCAUUCCUGCAGCUUCUGGAUCGCAGAUACCAUCUGUAGCUCUGUCCCCUGAUGCAUUACAACAGAUCAUAGAUUGUAUGGUUCGGAAUAGUGGGGCACGCUCUUCUGCACCAUCCUCUCAGUCUUCUACAGUGGGCAACAUCAAUUAUGUCCGGGAAUUCAUAAAAUUUGAUCCCCCUGCAUUUGACGCUAGCUCAGGUGACAUAGAUGUUGCAUAUGACUGGAUAAGAGAUCUUGAAUUUGUAUUUGAUUUAUUGAAGUUUCCGGAUGAGCAAAGGGUGAGAUGUGCAGUUUUUAAGCUACAAGGGAAUGCUCGCAACUGGUGGAGGUCUGUUGGGUCAGCGCAAGAAGAUGAUGGUGAGAGUCCUAUCUCGUGGGAAGAGUUCAAGGAUAUGUUUUUGGAUUGGCGUUGCCCAAUGACUCUCAGGCAUGAGAAAGAGAUGGAGUUUUUGAACUUGAAACAAGGCAACAUGUCUGUGGAGGAUUACGACCAACAGUUUCUGAGGCUAUCUCGUUUUGCUCCAGAGAUGGUGGAUACACAGUCAAAGAUGGUGCAUCGUUUUGUUAUGGGCCUUCGGAAAGGGAUCAGGGGAUUAGUGGCUAUCCAAAAUCACACAGACUACGCUUCAGCUUUCGAGGUGGCUCGAACUUUGGACGAGUGCAUGCCAGUCAAAACUCCGCCAGGACAGGACGAGGGAUCCUCUGGACAAAAGAGGAAACAUCAACGGAUCGCAUGAGAGGGCCGCCAUGUAGCAGCAGCCAGGCUUAAUGACAUUACUACACAUGGUGACCACAAGGUUCAAUCUUUCCCAGCUUCCUUCUGUUUGAUUUAGGACUUUAGUACAAAGUAGUGAACUUCUGUUUCCCCUUCUUGUUGGUAAAUAGGAUCGGUGGGUUUCGUUCAUGUUCUGUCUUGCUUAGAAAACAAACAUGCUCUGUUAUUAUACUCUUUUUUUAAGCAUCCUUUGUUUGCGUUUGAAGACAUCUCCUUCUGCCUU